UCCUAGGCAAUCCCGGUAAACAAGAUGGCGACCUCCGGGGGAGAUCCCCAGUUGCCGAAGCCUUCCUGUCUCCAGCGGGGCGUGAGCAGUUCACGAACUGGAGCCCAGUCGAAACUGCUGCACUCAGAAGAGGAACGUCAGUCUUGCUGGUCUCCUUUUCCCAUGGGGCAGAGACCGAAAAAUACUUUCCGCAAAGCCUCCUCCUACCUACUCCAGCAGCUCAAUCACCGCUAUCAAGAGUCGGACGUGGACAGAGAUUACGAAGACCAGGAAGAGGGCGAGGGAGAGGGCGAGGGCAAAGUGGAGUCCGAGGAGUCUUCAGAGUCCGAAAUGCUGAAUUUUGAGGGAGAAUUUGAUGGGGUCCUGAGAGAGGAGGUCGUGGCUGAGAAACUCUACGAACUGGGGCGCUCAGGCUCUGGGACUGAGCAGGUCUACCUCAGUCUGACUUUAUCAGACCUUGAUUUAAUUGACAUUAGCAUCCUCUGUGGAUACAUUCACCUGCAGAAGUUGGAUCUUUCAGUAAAUAAAAUUGAAGAUUUGUCUUGUGUGAGCUGUAUGCCUUAUCUUCUAGAACUUAAUGCUUCUCAGAAUAAACUGACGACAUUCUUCAAUUUCAAGCCACCCAAAAAUCUCAAGAAGGUGGAUUUUUCCUACAACCAAAUUUCAGAAAUGUGUGAUUUGUCGGCAUAUGAGUCUCUCACGAAACUAAUUUUGGACAGCAAUGAGAUAGCUGAAAUCAACGGACUAGAGCUGUGUAGCAGUCUUACCCACCUUAGUUUGGCCAAGAACAAGAUCACAACCAUUAAUGGCUUAGGAAUGUUACCGAUCAAAAUACUUUGUCUGAGCAAUAACCAGAUUGAGAAGAUCACAGGUUUGGAUGACCUAAGGGUCCUGCAGAUCUUGGAUCUGAGCCACAAUCAGAUCAGUAGCCUCCAAGGCUUAGAGAGUCACAACUUCUUGGAAGUGAUCAACCUCGAGGAUAAUAAGAUUGCUGAGCUGGGUGAAAUAGAAUACAUUGAAAACCUACGUCUCCUUCGAGUUCUCAAUCUUCUAAGAAAUCCAAUUCGGGAAAAAUCUGACUAUUGUUCCUUCGUAAUCUUUAUGCUACUUCGAUUAACAGAAUUAGAUCAGAAGAAGAUAAAAGUGGAAGAAAAGGUCGCGGCAGUGAAUAAAUACAACCCUCCCCCAGAAGUGGUCGCAGCCCAAGAUCACAUGACCCAUGUUUUCAACAGCAUGAUGCAGCCACAGAGGAUCUUUGACAGCACCCUUCCUAGUCUGGACGCCCCUUAUCCCAUGUUGGUAUUAGCUGGUCCUCAAGCAUGUGGUCCACGAGAACUCGCUCACCGCCUCUGCAGACAGUUCAGUGCUUACUUCAGAUACGGGGCCUGUCACACCACAAGACUGCCUUACUUUGGAGAAGGGCAUCGGGUUGAUUAUCAUUUUAUCUCUCAAGAAGUUUUUGAUGAAAUGCUAAACAUGGGGAAAUUCAUUCUAACCUUUAAUUAUGGUAAUCACAAGUAUGGAUUAAGUAGGGACACCAUAGAAGGUAUCGCAAGAGAUGGUUUAGCAAGCUGUGUUCAUAUGGAAAUAGAAGGUGUAAGAAGUUUAAAACACUCAUAUUUUGAGCCUCGAUACAUCCUGGUGGUACCCAUGGACAAGAAAAAAUAUGAGGGCUACUUGAGGAGAAAAGGAUUAUUCAGUCAUAUAGAGAUUGAAUUUGCUGUCUCCAGAGUAGACCUUUAUAUUAAAAUUAAUCAGAAAUAUCCAGGAUAUUUUGAUGCAGUAGUCAAUGCAGAUGAUCUGGAUGUUGCCUACCAAAAUCUGAGUCAGCUCAUUAGAGAAUACCUUGGAUUGUCUGAGGCAACUGCCAAGAGUUUGGCUCCAACCACAGCAGAUAUUAAGAAACCUCAGCUGAAACCUGAAAAGACUUCUGAGAAGUUUACAGCUUCAAGUGAAUUUGAGUCCCUGGAUUUUUCAGACAGAAACUACUUUGUGAAAUUAUGGACCAAACUUUCAGGCAAAAACAUGCCAACGGAAAGAGAGUCUAUGGCGAGACAGUAUGAGACAGCCCGGCAGGCCCUAAUGGGAAAGACACCUCCUCAUCACACAUUCCUAUUUCAAAGGGGUCUAGUACCAGCACCCAUCAUCAACAGUCUACGUUAUUUUACAGCUUUAGAACUAAAGAAAAGUUUUGAGCUUGAUGGAGAUUACUUUAAAACUCCCUUUGGACCUUCUGAAAAGAGUGGCAUGGAGUCCAGUGAUUCCAUGAAAUACUCUGCAUUAUUUGAGUCUUGUCCGUGGUCAAAAGACUUGCCUUUUCGGCCUCCAGAAGACAGAAUUUAUUCACACCCAGAAUCAACAAUAGGUGAUAUUGAGGAUCAGGCCCUAAAAGCACUACAUGAACAGGUAUUUCCAUGUGAAAAAGGGUCUCUCCAACACAGAAGACACACGAUCUCAGGCAUCAGUCGCCCAGGUUCCAACACCAAACCCACCCUGCCUCCAAUCCCUCAGGGCCGCAAGUAGACCCGUAUCUGACGUUUGAUCUUAACAUGGAAAACUUGCUCUGAUCAUGUCCAGUCCCUUUGUCUCACCUGGCCAUGGAUCCUGGCUAUUCCUCACUCAACCAACUACCUACAAAAGAAUGUUCUAUAUGCCUUAAUUCUCUCAGUUUCUUUUGUGAUUCUUUGAAUAG